AUGCCAGAUCUCCCAAGAUACGAUGGAACACGGGAUCCACAAGAACAUAUAGCCGCUUUCGACAUGGUAAUGAAUUUAUACGGGCAGGCAAGUUCCAUAGUUGCUAAGUUAUUUGUCACUACAUUGACAGGGAAGGCUCAAGAAUGGUUUAUGAAUUUGCCACCUGGCAGCAUAGAGGCAUACGAGCAAUUGGUGCAGAAAUUCGCGUUCCAUUUUGCAAGCAAAAGAAAGCAAAAGAGAUCGGCCACGCAUUUAUUUACUAUCCGACAAGGGGAGAAUGAAAGUUUGAAAAAUUUUAUGGGACGUUUUAAUAACGAAACAUUGGAGGUGCAGGAUCUUAGGAUAGACAUGAUGACUAGUAUCCUUAUCCAUGAGUUGAAGAAAGGAGUUUUCGCAUCGGCCUUAGCACGGGAUCCGCCAAUAGAUACAGAGCAGUUGAUGGCGAUGGCGCAAAAAUACAUUGAUGAAGAGGAGAUGAACGCAAUGAAGGAUGAGGAAUGGAGAGUUACAUCAGAACGAGCGAGAGAUGGAAGAUUCAUUAGAGAUCGUGAUAUGCGACCUAAAAAGGAGAAAGAAAGGGAACCACCUUACCAGCCGAAAUACAGUAAGUAUACCCCUUUAAAUAUGACCAGGGCUAAAGCUCUCAUGUUGGUGGAAAAAGAUAAUGUGUUGAUAUGGCCGAAGCACACAAGGAUUACUCCAGCUAAAAGAUAUUCGAACAAAUACUGUCGGUUCCACCGAGAAAGAGGACAUGAUACAGAGGAAUGCUACCAAUUGAAAGACGAGAUAGAGUGA